AAUGAGCCUCUCCGCUGAGGCGCCACUCAGCGGGAAGGUUGCUUGGGCGGCCGCCGUGGGCGGUGUCACUGAGCCGCGCCAGCUGAGCCGGGUGGAGCCCAGCCCCUCUGUUCUGCCUUCUCGGGGGCUCGCUGCGUGGACCCCGCUUCCAUGUCCCGGGUGGACGCAGCAUCCCGGAACCUCCACGCCCAUGGCCGCUAGCCUGAGGAGGCCCUCUCUCCCCGCCUGCUCUUCUUCCCCUAGCGACACGGAUGACGAGGGCGUGCGCGGCACCUGCGAAGAUGCUUCUCUGUGCAAGAGGUUUGCAGUAAGCAUUGGCUACUGGCAGGACCCUUACAUCCAGCAUUUGGUGAGACUGUCUAAAGAGAGGAAGGCCCCCGAAAUUAACAGAGGAUAUUUUGCUCGAGUCCAUGGCGUCAGUCAGCUUCUAAAGGCAUUUCUACGGAAGACAGAAUGUAACUGUCAAAUUCUGAACCUUGGGGCUGGGAUGGAUACCACCUUCUGGAGGUUAAAGGAUGAAGAUCUUCUACCAAGUAAAUAUUUUGAAAUUGACUUUCCAAUGAUAGUCACGCGAAAGCUGCACAGCAUCAAAUUGAAACCUCUCCUAUCAAAACCCAUUUUAGACUUACAUUCAGAGGACACACUUCAAAUGGAUGGGCACAUGUUGGAUUCAACGAGAUAUGCCAUCAUUGGAGCAGAUCUCCGAGAUAUACCUGACCUGGAAGAGAAACUAAAGAAAUGUAACAUGAAUACACAGUUGCCAACCCUCCUGAUAGCUGAGUGUGUGCUGGUUUACAUGACUCCGGAGCAGUCUACAAACCUUCUCAAGUGGGCAGCCAGCAGCUUUGAGACCGCCAUGUUCAUAAACUACGAACAGGUGAACAUGGGUGACCGGUUCGGGCAGAUCAUGAUUGAGAACCUGCGGAGACGACAGUGUGACCUGGCGGGAGUGGAGACCUGCAAGUCGUUAGAGUCUCAGAAAGAACGACUCCUGUCCAGUGGGUGGGAGUCGGCGUCAGCCAUCGACAUGAUGGAAUUGUACAGCAAAUUACCUCGCGCCGAAGUGAGCAGAAUAGAGUCCCUUGAAUUCCUGGACGAAAUGGAGCUUCUUGAACAACUCAUGCAGCAUUACUGCCUUUGCUGGGCCACCAAAGGAGGAAGUGAACUUGGUUUGAAGGAAAUAACUUACUGAUCUGUUCAAGACACAUGGUGAGCCAGAGCUGAAGCCACUGACCUUUCUGGAGUUGAGCCUCUGAGUUUCCCGAGUGGUGGUUAGGCCUCCGCCAGUCUCCCCUGCUCUCCGAGAGAUCUCAGUUCCUGGGGUGGUUGUACCAGUUCCUGUUUCUGUUGGCUUACUGUUUAAAUAAAUCUCAUUUGCCAAUU